AUGGUGAAUAACUGAAUGUCCAGAGAUUUAAACAUUUUAAAGUUUCAGGGAUAUUUUAAAAAUUGUUCACGAUAAAAAAUUGUCGAUCCAAAGGAAUUGCAUUCGAGAGAAAGAUAUAGUCCUUAGCCAACGUCUCAGAGGUUGGAAUACAAGUCCAAAUUUAUACAUGGGUUUCUAUGGGAAAUUGGAUUACAACGUUUGGGUUACCAGAGGUUAUUGAAGGACUCCUGUGCUGUACAACAUCAACUGUUAAUGCCUUGUGUUCCUCGUGUACUACAAAAUACCCUAGAUUCAUCUUCUCGCUGUUUUUACUUUUUGCAACCGUAUCAAGCUUUGUGGUACUCAGUCCUAACAUGCGCAGUAGUCUUGAUAAACUGCCGUAUUUCUGCACCACAAUAACUACAGAACAAAUGUGUGACAACCUGGUUGGUUAUGGUGCAGUCUAUCGUAUUUGUUUGUCGUUGGCAAUAUUUUACGGUGUUUUUGCUUUGCUUAUGAUAAAUACAAACACAACAAGAGACAUUCGAGUCACGUUCCAUAACGGAUACUGGUUUUUAAAACUGGUUUUACUGAUAGGGAUUUUCGUUGGUACAUUUCAUAUUCCUCGUCAUACGGAUUUUGGUUUAUUGUUGAUGUACGUUGGAUUAACCGCUGGCUUUGUUUUUAUCAUGAUCCAAAUAUUACUUGUCAUUGACUUUGCGCAUUCCUGGAGCUUCUCUUGGGCAGAAAAGAUGGAGUCUGGGAACAGUUAUAUUUGGGGAUUUGCGUUGGUUUUCUCAACAGUCCUGCUCUACUCAACAGCAAUCACAAUGGCAAUAUUUUAUUAUCUAUACUUCACUAAUUUACAAAAUCUUUCAAAAUGUCGAGGAAAUAUGUUCCUUAUAUCCUUCAAUGUACUCCAGUGUUUAUUAGCGUCUAUUAUAUCCAUUCUCCCGCAAGUACAAGACUCGGCUCCAGGCUCAGGCCUUUUACAAUCAUCCAUCGUUAGUCUUUACACCAUGUACCUAACAUGGUGCACGCUGAGCAGUGAGCCUGACAGCUCCUGCAACCCCAUGGGUGACGUCAUUUUGGAAUAUGACAAAGUCUCAGGAGUAAAUGGUCAGGCAAUAUUUGACUGUGUUCUGAUGUUUGCGCUUUUGAUAUUCGCAUGUAAUGUUAGAGCAAGCACUUCUAAACUGGAAAAAAUCGGGUUUUCAUUAUCAAGAAACCCAACAAAAGAAGACCACGCCCUAAAUCAUCGCGCUAAAAAUGAUGUCGAAAAAUAUGCGGAAGAAGAAAAUAUUGAAUUGGAAUAUAAUUAUUCUUUCUUUCAUUUUGUGAUGUUUCUAGCAUCGCUACAAUUAAUGAUGGUAGUUACAAACUGGCACAGUCCAGAUGAUUUAGCUGACCUCAAAAAACUCGUCAAGAAUUGGGCGACAGUUUGGAUACAAUUAUCUUCUAGUUUUCUAUGCAUCUUAUUUUAUAUCUGGGCAACUGUGACUCCACUUCUUGUCAGAACAUGGGGAUCAUGCUUAGGACUAGAUUACGAGAGUAUUCCUACUGAAGACGAUUACGACCGACGACGACGAGAAAUGAUACAAGCUAAGCGCAAAGCGAAUAGGAAGAUCGAGGGAAGCUUGAGAAAUCCUACCAAAGAAGAUAGUAAGAAGAAGAUAAGGAGGGAACAGGAUUUUGGCUACUCUGAAGAAAAUGAGGAUUUUGUAGUAGUUCAUUCACCCUCGGUUCACGGAGGUUUGGAGUCUGGUAGAUAUUUGACGAACACCAUUACGGAAGAAGAUUUGAAAGAGGAUUCUGAAGUAAAAAAUGAUUUUAAUAGUUCUCAACAGAGAAAUGAGAAAGCGUUCGAAAAUUCAUCAUUAUCUUUUUGUAAGAAUGAGCGAGGAAAAGUUGAACUAAGAGAAGAGAUAACUCAAGAUAGUGGGAUGUGCGAUGCCUCUAACUUAACAAAUAUUUCCAGAUCAAUUUCUAGAACAAGCGCGCGAGGAAAUCUCUCAAAAUCAACAGUUGAUGAAAGGCUGGCCUCUGAAAACACACGAGAGUCUGUGUUAGACGACUGUCUGGUAGCAGACAGUGAAACAGAAAGAAAAAAUAACAGGAUAGAACUAGAUAUAAAUGACUCAGAUAAGAAAGAGAUAAAAGAUCUGAAACUGGACAUCAAUAACUUUACUCUUUCUGGAAAAGAAAGAAAAAUAACAACCAGGCCGCAUUCUUCAAUGGCCUUUACCAAUCGGAAAUAUAUAAAAGAGAGCAAAAUUCUAGCGCACAAUUCUUCUUUCGUUAAAGAAAAUUUGCCAACUAGGCCUAUGAGCUGUGUACCAUCUUUAAAAAUGAACAGAAAACCUUUCCUGACAAAAGGGGAAGAAAUUAACGAAAGCCUUUCAUUUGACGCAGUUAAUAUUUCGUCCGAAAGUCAACGUUUUGCAACGUCAGGUACAAGACAGAAAACAGAAGAAAAUAUUCUAGAAACCUCAAGAAACAAUACAGGUACUUGCUCAGUGGACUCACUGACAAACCAACCACAUAAAAACAACGUUUUAUUAUCACAAGAAGAUACCAUUUUAGAAAACACAUCUGAUGCAUUGCUUCAUCAGAGUAAAGAAGAGGUUAAAUAUGACAAUGAUAGGCUAGAGCAUUGUGAUGGACGAACUACUGUUUCAAGAAAUAAUGAUGUGAAAUGUGAACCUGCAACAAUGCUGAAGAUGAAAGACCAUUUAAAAUGGGUGAAAAGCCUGAAGAAAACAAGACGUAUGUUUGGAAAUAUAGAAACAAUCAACAACCAAAAUGACAGUCAUGGUGUGACAAAGGAAAGUCAAGCAAGUGAAAGAACAAGCCAAGAAAUAUUAGAAAAUAAAUCACUUGAUGAUGAUACUGGAAGAUUAACCUUGAAUGAAAGAAAUCUAGAGACAUUGGAGCAAAGUUUGAAGAUAAAAGAAUGUAAUACUAAUGAAACAACUUGCAAUGAGCCUCGCAAGGGUCAAAAUGAGUUACAGACACCUAGUGUUGCGAGGGAGAUUUUAAGACUUCAGCAGAAGAUUUUAAAAUUUCAAGCAAAAGUUGUGAAGACACAACAAAGAAUAUUUGAAAUGCAACAGGAAGGUGAUGUGUAGAAUAUUUGUGUAAUUCUAGGAAAAAUAUUUCAACCAUCCAUCUUGUAAUAUAGUAGUUAUUCAUUCCUUUAUUAUC